AUGUGGGCAACUGGUGCGAUUGUAUGCUCGCCGGUUUUCCGGAUAUUCUCGACGUGCUGCCCGAUUCGACGAGCAACGUCUUCGCACAGGUAUGCUGCUCGACAAAAGACCGUUGAUCUGGGCAGUACGACGCCGUCGUUCUCCUCGAAAACCAUCAGUGUGCAGCCGAGCGCCGAAUUCGAUGAGCAGGAGCAAAGCAUUCUGCCGGCCAAGAAUUACGGCAACAUCCAUUUCAGGCUCGAGUAUGACUUUGAGCAAGCCAAGCUCUCCGUGACGAUCUUAAAGGCGUACGAUCUACCGGCAAUGGAUCGAAAUGGAAUGUCGGAUCCUUACAUCAAAGUAUUCGUGCUUCCCGAAAGAAAACAAAAGUUUGAGACGAAGAUCAUCCGGAAUACGUUGAAUCCAGUUUACAACGAAACCUUUCAAUUCUCUAUUCCAUUCAACGAGCUGCAUUCCAAAACUUUAAUGCUGGUGGUUUAUGAUUACGAUCGGUUAUCAAAAGACGAUAAAAUGGGACAGCUCUCUUUGCCAUUGGAAUCGGUCGAUUUUGGAACAACAACUGACAUUCAGCGGGCGCUGCAAAAGCCUGAAAAAGAUGACGAGGUGGGAGAACAUGCUUCGGGUUGCUUCCAGAAAGAAUGUCGCCUCGGUGAUAUUUGCUUCUCUAUUCGAUAUCGUCCAGCCACUGGAACUAUCACAUUGACAAUAAUGGAAGCUAGAAAUCUUAAGAAAAUGGAUGUCGGCGGUUCAUCUGAUCCGUACGUCAAAAUCUAUUUGCACCAAGGCCGUAAGCUGAUCAAUAAGAAGAAGACGACACGAAAGUAUAAGACUUUGAAUCCCUAUUACAACGAGAGCUUCCAAUUCAAAGUCGAACCUCACAUGAUUGAUAAAGUCCAUCUCAUCAUAUCUGUUUGGGAUUAUGACAAAAUGAGCAAAAAUGACUUUAUCGGAGAGGUCACAAUUGGCUCGAAGUAUCUUAACCUUCCUCAGAUAACUCAUGCAUGCAGCGAACAGUGGGCUGAGAUGCUAACUUCUCGUCGGCCGGUCGUACAGUGGCACACAUUACAGGAAAGAAUGGAGAAAGAAAAGAAGAAGGACCGUGAUUAG